AUGUCAUACAGUAAUUUUUAAGGCAGUUCUUAGUUUAACUCUUAAGGAACAAGAUAAUAGGUUGUUGAACAGUGCGUUCAUUUAGAUGAAGGUCUCAUUGAUGAGAUUGCUAGCAAUUUAAACUAUAAGGUGUUGAUAAAAUUAGUUUAAGUAGAAACUCCUCUCAAUAUAAGAUAUCUUGAAAACUUUCCUAUCGGACAUCAGUAUGCUAUCUUAGUUUAUUUAACUGGAGACAUGAGGAAGUAUUAUUAUUAAGGAGUUUUAAAAAUUAAAUAAGUAUUUGAGAAUACCCGAUACCUUUCAUAUGUUGUACUUCACUUACAAACAGAUGGUAUUAGAGGGAGAUAUUUUGAUAAUUUUAAUGAACUCGACGCUUAUUAUUAAGAUUUGCAUGAUAAAAAAAUAAGUGAAAAUUUGCAUAAGUUUAAAGUUUAUGAAGGAAGUUAAGCAGAAAACAGGGAUAAUGCUAGAUUAAAAAAUAGUCUAAAAAAUGUUUUGCACAAAAAAUACAGUGCCUUUGGAAAUGUGUUGAAACUAUUUCUAGAUAAAUGGAAUUGUAGGGAUUUUAUUUCUUACUUAAAGAGUAAUUUAGGGAGAUGA